ACGAGUAUUCGCCUGUAUGAGCAUCACCUCCACUUGCUGUUACAUGCUGCAAGCGUCUCAAACAUCUGAAUCUAGCUGGAAUUAUGAAGCUAGUAAGAUUUUUGAUGAAACUCAGUCAUGAGACUGUAACGAUAGAGUUGAAAAAUGGCACUCAAGUCACCGGUACAAUUACAGGUGUGGAUGUAGCGAUGAAUACACACCUCAAAACAGUUAAAAUGACUAUAAAAAAUCGAGACCCUGUGAUGUUGGAAACUCUGAGCCUUCGCGGAAACAACAUCAGAUACUACAUUCUACCUGAUUCUCUUGCUUUAGAAACGUUAUUGAUAGACGACACACCAAAGGCUAAGGCUAAGAAGAAGGAAGCUGCGAGAGGUGCCGCACGCGGUAGAGGACGUGGCGCUAGAGGUGGUAGAGGUGGAAGAGGUGGACGAGGCAGAGGAAGAAGCAGACGAUAGUAAACAUGUUACGCGUACGAAUCUUGAACCUGACAUUUAUAUAAGUCACAGUUUAUAUAAGUUCACAAUUUUUUCUUUAUGCAGAAAUGAGGUCACUCAUUUUAUAUAAGAAUUCCAUUAUAUUAUAAUUUCCUGUUAAAUUUCAAAAUGAAAAUUUUGACGAUCUUUAUUCACACUUAGAAAAUAUGAUAUAAAUUUUUAAGCAAGCAUUCCGAUAUAUUUAAUCUUGUAUUAUUUAUUUCGUCUCAUUUUCGCUUAGAGAAAAGGAGAGAGAAAGAGAUGGAGAUAAAACUCUUGCGAAAAGUGCGGUUUUAUAUUCAAUAAAUUGUCAGUAAUUUGCUGUUACAAAAAAGAAACAGCACGUUAUUCUGAUGUUUUGAGAAAAGUAUUACAAGCACCAUGUCGGAAUGCAGUUAUGAUCAAACACAUCAACUUAGUAUAAAAAUUACACUAUUUUUGACACAUCGUCAUUGAAAGAAUCAUUCGAUUGAAACUCAGAUAGAUACAAGUCGUUUAUAAUUUAAAAUGUCGUUUGACAAUUUUCGGAUGAAAAUAAACACUCGUGAGAGGUGAUAAACGUUCUGUGUCAAUUAUUAUUAUUAUUAUUAUACAAUAUUUAAGUGCGAUUGUACAAUAUCUUAAGUUCGACCUUUUGUUAAUCGCCGUGUGUUUAAUCAGUUCUGUCCUAACGCAUCUGAUCGCAAUUUUCUAACUCCAAAACGCACAACACGCGUUGCGAUGUUGUGAUGUUUGUCAACUGUUGAAAUCUUCCACCAAUGAGAACGAAGCGUUUGAUGCAUACUGUUCGGCAAAGAAAACGGUUUCUGCUCGAACGUGGCCAUUGAUGCGCAAAACCACGACACGUGACAACAUGUAACUCGCACGUGACAACUCGAUUAACGACGAUUCGUCUCAAAAUGUUCGCGCGUGAUUAUGUGGAGAUCAUCGAAGAGGCUGAUUAUUAGUUGUCUACAUUACGUGAUCAGAUGCGGUCGCAUUAACCUGGACACGGACGAUUUGGAUGACAUAUCGGACUACGACGUCCAGGAUGUUCCUAGUAAAGUAACGUUGAUCCGCCCCGUGUUACGUUCGCGAGAGAUCGUUCGAACGCACUUUAAUGUAUCCGACAAAAAAGAGUAUAAUGUAUCACUUUGUACAGAGAUAGUGAGAAAUAUUGUAAAGUGAAUUGUUUAAUGAAAGAAAAAAAAAAAAAAAAAAAA